GUAGUGAACUUGUGAUAUUUGUUUGUGUUUCUUCUGAUCAGAGGGAGCAGGCACUCCGUAUCACGCAACUUGGGUCAAGAUCAGUUUCUUGCUUUGCUCUUAGGAAGAGGGCAUCAUAGAAAGGAGAGAUUUCUGGGGUAGCGUUAAGUGUGGCGCUGGAGCAAUUGAAGUUUGUGUUUGUGAUGCCCCCCAUUUGGUGUGUCGCAGACCCGGUGGGGAGGGUGGUGAAAGAGGAGUCACCGUCAGUCCAUUUUUGAGUGUUGAGUCAGUCUACCCGGCAGUCAUGUUAGGAUAUAUCAGUUAUCCUGUUAGAGCUUUUGUGCCAAAUCCACUGCAUUGUUUCAGGUGCAGCAGUGUGUAGGAGGGAGAUUCCAAGAUGUGGGAAGUAUGCAGGAGGGCAUGGGACAGAGGAUUGUGAAGUUGUGUGUGUUAACUGUAGGAGUGCCCAUCUUGCUGGGGUUUGGAUGUGUCCGGUGCGAGAGGCAAAUUGAAGUGGCCAGAGUCAGACUAAUGCAGAGGGUGUAGUAUGCUGAGGCCAUUUUGAAAGUGGAGGAGGAUGGGUCACAGGUGAGGGUCCUGAGAGGAUCCCAGUGGGUAAUCGAGUUGUACCAGUACAGAGGGAUAGGGUAACGAGUUAUGUUUCAGUAAGGUUGGCUUCUUAGCAAUGGUUAUCAACUGUACCGCAGAAAUGGAAAGUAAAUCACAUAAAAUGGAUGUGGUGGCAGCUGCAGAGAUGUAUUUGGGUAUACGAUUUGACUUCAUAAGAGUUUUACUGGGUGUGUUGAGGGGUGGUGUCCCAUCCUUCCAGUCCGUUGGUAUGGUGCAGGAGAUGAUAGGGUAAAAGUAGUGGAAUGGGGUAAUGGGUUUUUAAUGAGUGUAGGUGUCUACGGCUAUAUGUAACUUUCUUAUAGGACCAGAACUAAUUAAGAUAAUUUUAUGUAGGUAGGCUGUGAUUGGCCUCACACUCCAGGACUGUAGGUGGCGGUGUAUGCGCCUACAAUUUGGAUGCGAUCCGCCAACCAAAUUCCAAGGACUAAGUAAACGGAAGUAAACAUGGUCAAGAACAAUUUUCACGUUUGUGUUUUUGUCAUUUAGACAUUUUAACAACCAUGGAAUUCAAAAUAUGACGAAUUUAACUGCACAGCACUAAACACUUACCCCAGAUAAUCGUUAAUUCGCGUUGGCGACAGGACUUGGAUGAUAGAUGUUAACGUUAUCUAGUAAGUAACGCUAACUUAGCUGCUAACAAUGGCCAUGGUUUUUCACACUCAAAUAGCGUCCAUCAUGGAGGUGCUAGCGAAUGCAGCCGUGGCAGAGAUCUGUAAACUCGUAGACGACGACUAUGCAGUGGUUCGUUUGGAAAUAACUCAAAGCCAGAAAGAAAUCACUGCAUUGCGGAGGAAACUUCAGCUAAUCGAACUGAAGGUGGCACGGGAGCGCGCAGAGAAGACAAUGCGAGAGCGCGUCCUCGCCAGUCGUCCCAGUAGUGACAAGAUCCUCAACCGAUACAGAGGAAUGGCAAGAGGUGAAGGACAUCUCACUGGAGGCCACAGAAGCUUUGUGAAGCCAGCAGGACACAAUACAUGGAGAGAUGACCAGCCAAUCACUGUUGAUGAUGGGAGUGGAACCUCAACCCAGCACGUUAUCGUGAUAGAGUCUGAAGAUGCAAGUCCUGGUGUCAAGCUGGAGAAGUCUGAACGGGAGGAGGACCCACGGCACAGCAGAGACAUCCAGACUGGAGUAGCCUCCCCUGUAGCCACGGAGGACCCCACCACUGCCCCAGAGCUGCCCAGGACCCGACGCAGAAUCACGGAGGAGGAGGAGGGUCCAGAGGUGCUGCUGGUGAAGGAGGAGGGUUUGGGGAACCCUGAGGGGAACAUGGUCAUGGAGGACAACCAGACUAAACCUCCUCCUGAACCCACAGAGGAACCAGCUGAGCAGCACAGGACCACACACAGUCUCACUGAGUCAGUAGACAUGGAGGAUGGGAAGCCUGAUCUGCUGCUGGUCAAAGAGGAGACGAUAGAAGAUGGACCAGAGAGCGUUGAUCUGCUGACUGGAUUAAAGAUGGGGGAGCAAGGUGGUUGGCUGGAGGUUAACAGAGGAGACUGGGUGGCCAUUUUGGAUUGCCAGACCGGUGCAGUGAAGGGCCCAGGGGAGAACGUCACUGAGCAGGCCAGAUCCAGUAGCGACAUAGUCGAGGUCUGUGGAUGGGACAGCGUCCUCAACUCCGGGCCUGGGAUCAACACUGUUAACCACAACCAGAAACAAACUGCCGAACACAAAACCACAACUGAACUUAGUCUCCAUGACAACAGACUGACUGAGACGACAGCGAGGCGUAGAUUUGGUCUGCAGGGACGGGGAGGUGUCCGUAUGCGGUUGGAGAGAACAGACACAGACUCGGCUAGCGAUGCUCCGUCCUGCUUCUAUAGUUGUGAUUCAGAGAGACUGAUGGCGCCUCCGGUUAACCCCCUAACAGAUGCUGCCUUCAGCCUGCCUUCUAUAGGAUCUAUCAACUGGAACAUGGACCCUGUGAGAACACAGACACUCCCUGGCCUUCAUCCUCCUCACACUCUCCUUAUGUUAAACCAGACCUCAGACAAUUCUUCAACACUAAAUGGCUACACAAGCCCAUUGACAAAUGACAGUAGUAGAGACGGAAUCAGUAAAGAGAAGCGCUUCCCGUGUUCGUUCUGUGGGAAAGCUUUCAGUUUCCCAAAACAGGUGGAGAUCCACCAGAGGAUACACACGGGGGAGAAGCCAUUCGGCUGUCACCUGUGCCGUGCCCGUUUCUCCCGAUCGACCCACCUGAAGAGGCAUCAGAGGGUCCACACAGGAGAGAAACCCUACAGCUGCCCCCAGUGUGAGAAGAGGUUCUCCCACCAGCACAAUAUGAAAGUGCACCUGAAGGUCCACACGGGAGAGGCCGUUCGCAUGUACGCACUGCGGGAAGAGGUUCUCAGAGAGGAGACACAUCAGGAUACACCAGCAGAAAAUGCACAAGACCCAUGUCUACCGUAUAGGGACAUGUAAUGUAUUAUAAGCAUUUUGCUACACCUGCAAUAACAUUGCUAAACACGUAUGUGACAAUAUAAUUUAAUUUGAUUAUUUAGUGCUAGUUAGUUUGGGAUGUAGUAGGGAACCGGAUGAGGAAAUGAGUGUGAUGAGGCAGAGUAGAUGAUAUGGUGUCUGUAAAAGUGCUUCGCUGAUGUAAAGUGAUAACCUUGUCCUGUUUUUGUGCAAUGUAAUGUUUUAUCCUUUUCCAAAGUGUUCUAAAAUGUAUUUUAUUAAAGUGAGAGUUCUAGAUGUACGGUAAGUUUUACCAUAGUGAGAACAGUUAUUAAACUUGUCACACGUAUCAUUUUGUAUAAAAAGUACUGAACUUCGUUAUGAGUGUAGGACUAUUUGGUUUACGUUAAAUACAACAUUAACUCUGUGCUGACUUACUUGGUUAUUUUUGUAUCAUUGUAGGGACUGAGUUUUCCUUCUCUCAGUCGAACCGAAACAUACACUGCUCAAAAAAUAAAGGGAACACUUAAA